AUGAGCGACACGAGCGAGAAGACCCAAGUCAGCGCCGCCGAGGAAGGCAAGAAGGUCGAUGCGUCUCCCGCCCCCGUCUCGUUCUUCGAUCCGGCCCUGAAAGAUGUCCGCCGGUCAGUGGCGUUGGGAUGGGCGCGAAUGGUCCUGAUCCUAUGUGUCUUCGUCCUCUGCGUCCUGUCGCUUUUCUGGUCGUCACAGUUCAAGGUCCAGGAACAUCUUCCGAAUUUGCCCGUCUGGGUGGUCGACUUCGAUGGCCAACUUGAUCCCUACCAGAAUCAAUCCCAGGAUCCGAUCGUGGGCCCCGCCGUGACCGACAUGGUGUCCUCCAUGCUCAACGCCAGCACCCAGACCGUGGGAUUCGCCAUUAAAUCGCCCUCCGAGUUUGACUAUGACCCCGUGGCUGUCCGACAGGGAGUGUACGACGAGCACGCCUACGCCGCCGUCAUCGUGAACGCUGGCGCAUCCGCUCUUCUACGCUCCGCCAUCUCGAACGGAAACUCCUCGUACGAUCCGACCGGCGCCGUGGAAUUCGUCAUCAUCAGCGCCCGCGAUGAGACCACUUACAUGGCCUACAUCACCCCGGCUCUGGACUCGCUGGAACGCGCUGUCUUGGCCGACUUUGGCCCUCGCUGGGUGCAGACGGUCGCGCAGGAGUCGCGCAACAUCUCGCGAGUCCCGCAAGCUGUCAACCCGGCCAUCGGAUUCAGCACGCUCGAUCUACGCCCAUUCGCGCCCGCCGUGGCAACUCCCGCUGUGACGAUUGGCCUGAUCUAUCUGAUCAUUAUCGCCUUCUUCAAUUUCCCGUUCCUCAUGCCGUUCCACAUGCAAUUCAUGAAGGGCAACCACCCGCCGCUGAAAAUCGGCCAAUGGCUCGCGUGGCGCAUCAUCUCCAACAUUGCCGCCUACUUCUUCCUCUCGCUCUUCUACUCCCUCGUCUCGCUGGCUUUCCAGAUCCCCUUCUCGAACGACCCCGCCCCGGAUACCGUCUCGGCCGCUAACCCGAACGCCUACGGCCGCGGCUCCUUUGUCGUCUUCUGGAUGCUGAACUGGGUCGGCAUGACGGCGCUCGGCUUCCCUUGCGAGAACAUGGCCAUGGUGCUGGGAUUCCCUUGGAGCUCGUUGUUCCUGAUCUUCUGGGUCAUCACCAACGUGGCGACGGGCUUUUACCCGUUGGAUCUGGCCCCGGGAUUCUUUAGAUGGGGAUAUGCUUGGCCUCUGCAUCGGAUUGUGGAAGCACUUCGCACCAUCCUCUUCGGCAAACACUCGCGCAUCGGCCUCGACUUUGGGGUUCUUUUCACCUGGAUCGCCGUGUCCAUUUGCUUCUACCCGGUCGCCGCAUUCAUCAUGCGCUGGAAGAUGAAGCGCGGGUGGUAA